ACUAUUGACUUAAACAUGUUAAACUUAUUUUUAGAACUGUGGAUUUCCGUUGAUUUGAUUUAUAUUCAGUGCGAAAAUUUAAUUGCGCAGUUAACAUCGAAGACCAGACAGAAUAGUAACAGUUUUAUUUCUAGCUUAACUAAGGACACUGAAUUUCAAAUACAAGGGUUUGAAAUGGCAAAUUUCCCACAUGACGUAAAGACACAAAGUGGACUGACCGGUAUAUAUAACGAGAAAGUGACCAAUGUGGAACGUAUGGCAAGACCAAUGGGCAGUAGUGGGGGGCAGUGCAAAUGUCCCAUUUGUGCUAAAUUUAUAGUAACCACAGAUCAUGGAAAUCAAUACCUUAUUCAUAAAGGUGCUGGCUACGGAAAUUCCAGUCAAACGGUUGUAACUGACGCAAAACAUAUGUCCAAUCAAUGGCAAUCUAUGGGGUCACGUGACGUUGGCGGUAACCAAAAUGUCGGAAGUUAUGUUGGAACUGGCGGUGCAAAUUACAACCUGCUUUCUGAUAAUUGUAUACAUGGAGCCGGAAGGAUGUUUAAAAAGUGAUAAAUAAUCAAUGAAAUGACAUCACUAACAAUUUUUUAACAAUCUUAUUGUGAUUGUGUAUUUAAAAUCUAAAAUUCAAACUAA